GUGUCAUGGGGACAAGCUCCCGCCUAUAUAUACAGCUUGGCACUGGGUACCUGCCAUCCCAUCCUCUCCUCUCUCCCACGUUUGUCCCUACCUCUCCUCUCCAGAAUCCUCAGAAAAUGGCACCCUUUCCUGAAUUAGGCAACCAUGCCUUUGAUGCAAGAGACUAUGUGGAUCCCUCUAAUAGGCCUGUUUGGUCUACUGGUAUGGACCCUGCUCCAGCUGAGGGCACACCUGACCCAGAAAAGGAGCUCCCUCCAGCAUACUCAACUCUUUCUCUAUGCAAAGACACACCUGAACCAGAAGAGAUUGAUCCUUGGGACAUGCCAGAACUCAAGAGCACUGGGCCCAAAUGGUCAGAAAUGACCACCAAACAACGAAUAUUGUCAGUGCUCUUGGGAAUGGUAAAGUUUGUCUCCUUGGUAACGCUGUUGUACUUUUUCGUCUGCUCCUUGGACAUUCUGAGCUCUGCAUUUCAGUUAGUUGGAGGUAAAGCUGCAGGAGAUAUAUUUAAGAACCAUUCUGUGUUGUCCAAUCCUGUUGCUGGGAUUGUCAUUGGCGUGCUGGUGACUGUCCUUGUACAAAGCUCCAGCACAUCCACGUCUAUUGUGGUCAGCAUGGUAUCAUCAAACAUUUUAACAGUCAGAACAGCAAUACCGAUCAUCAUGGGUGCAAACAUUGGCACAUCUGUCACUAAUACAAUUGUGGCUUUGAUGCAGUCUGGAGAUCGCAAUGAAUUUAGAAGAGCAUUUGCAGGAGCCACAGUGCAUGAUUUCUUUAACUGGCUCUCAGUGCUGGUUCUGCUGCCCAUCGAAAUCGCAUCGGGCUAUUUAUAUCACCUAACCAAUGUCAUUGUAAAGUCGUUCAAUAUCGAGUCAGGGGAGAAUGCUCCAGACAUGCUGAAAGUUAUCACAGAGCCUCUCACAAAAGGAAUUAUUCAGCUUGACAAGAAUGUCAUACAACAAAUUGCAAAUGGAGACUCCCUGGCUCAAAACAAAAGUCUGAUUAAGAAAGAAUGCAGUGAUAAGAUAUUAGUAAAUAUAAGUCUUCCAGGUCUUGAGAACUGCACCUCUUCGUCACUCUGCUGGACCGAUGAAAACAAUGUGACAUGGACUGAAGGCUUUGAGACCAUCAAAGUUAAAUGUUCCCACCUGUUUGCUAGCACCGAUCUGCCGGAUUACGCUGUUGGUCUCAUACUCUUGGCACUGUCGCUCUUUGUUUUGUGUGUCUGCCUGAUAUUGAUUGUGAAGAUCCUGAACUCCAUGCUGAGGGGACGGGUGUCUGUUCUUAUCAAAAAGGUCAUCAACACUGAUUUCCCAUUUCCUUUCUCAUGGCUGACGGGUUACCUAGCUAUGUUGGUCGGAGCUGGAAUGACAUUUAUAGUGCAGAGCAGUUCUGUCUUUACAUCUGCAAUGACUCCCCUUAUUGGCAUUGGAGUCAUAAGCAUUGAGCGUGCCUAUCCACUGACACUUGGAUCUAAUAUUGGAACCACAACAACUGCGAUACUUGCAGCUUUAGCAAGCCCUGGUGAAACAUUGCAAAACUCUGUACAGAUUGCGUUAUGCCACUUUUUCUUCAAUAUUUCUGGCAUCAUUAUAUGGUAUCCCAUUCCUUUUAUGCGUGUACCCAUUAAACUAGCUAAAGGACUCGGCAACAAGACAGCCAAACACAGGUGGUUUGCAGUGGUGUACCUGAUUUUGUGCUUCUUUUUGCUGCCGCUGUUGGUCUUUGGUCUGUCAGUUGCUGGCUGGCAGGCCCUUGUUGGAGUGGCUGUUCCAGUUGUGAGUGUGAUUGUUGCUGUGAUUUCUGUUAGUGUUCUGCAGUCAAAGUGGCCACGAAUUCUACCAGAUUUUCUAAAGAACUGGGACUUUCUUCCAAAGUGGAUGCACUCUCUCAAGCCAUGGGAUUCUUGUAUGGGAGGGGCCUCUCUUUUAUGCAGACAUUUCUGUUGCUGCUGCUGUGGCAAAAUGUGCAAACCCUGCAAGUGCUGUAAAUGCUGCCAUGACAAAGAAGAUGAGGAGUAUUCCAUUGAACCCAAACCACAGGCACUGGAAUGUCAUGACAACGUGAUUGAUCUCUCUGAUGAAACCAAGAAACCUGAAAAUGAUGAGCAACGGAACAGUCAGAAUCUCACCUCAUUCUAAUAAGAGGUGAAUGGGAUUCUAGAACUUGGAUGGAAUCAUUUAUAUUCUAAAUACCUUUAUUUAUUUAACAUCUACUUAAAUUAACAUCUCCCUAUGCAAUAUUUGUAUUGCGGUACUGAUGUGUCUCUUAAAAAAAGAGAAAGCAAUUAUAUGAUCCUUUUAAAACCACAGCAAUCAUUCCUUCUGUCUGGUUUGUAUGUAUAGUAAAAGGAAAAGGCAAAGAUAUUAUGUAGAGCUGUGAUGGACAGGGAAGUCCUCCAGGAAAUCAAAGUCUAGGGGCCCACACACACACACACAAACAUGUCUCUUUCUGUUUCCACCUAGUUUGUCUGUUCGGCUUUUGUCAAAAAUCCUUUCUCUUCAUUUGUGUCUUUCUUACCUCUUUUGCACACAUUUUCUUUCAUCUCUUGCCUUAAUUUCUCCUACCUCUUAUGUUUCACCCACUGUUAAUUUCCUAGCACUUUGUGUAGGUGGAGUAAGAGUGGGCCCACUGGUGCCCAGGCUCCAUGAAAAGUCUCCUGGAAUGUUUUUAGAUCAUUCUGAGCCCAUAUAUAUAAGACCAAGAUGAGAACAGGCUAAAGCAGAAAAGCAAGGCCAGAUAACAUACAUAUAUAUUUAGCUUCUAUAUUUGCUUCUCUGCUAGUAACAUUUAUGCUACAGCUUUUUCUACUACUGAAGGGUUCUCAACCAAAUCUCAAGCAGCAGUUCCUGGUUUAAAGUAAACCUGGCUUUUCUUUAGUGAGUGAACUCGAUUCACAGCAUCACAUUGAUUAGGGAUGCACCAAAUCUAGGACUGUGUUUGAGAUUUGGCCAUAUACUUAGUAUUCAGCCAUGUCACAUAUAGACCUUUCGGCCUAUGGCAUAAUGAGCUUUACCCACAACAGUGUUAAUUGUAGCAUGACCCUUAAUGUCAUAUACCUUGAUGAUUCUUUUUUUCUGAAUUUGAAUAUGCACAAUACGUUUUGGUGUAUCCCACUUGAAAAAAUUGCUAAUUGACUGCAGUUCCAUGUGUUCCGCAGUUCUUCCUCCAGUUUCAUAUUAAAAUAUAAAAAAACAUCAAAAUGGGAUCAGUAAGGAAAUAUAGGGCUAAAUAAGGAACAAAUGUCGCAGAUUGGAGAACUGUGUUAUUUUAUAUAAUGUUAGACCAGUAUCAUACCUACAUGGCAUCUGUACUUGUAUUUGUAGAUGAUUAAAAGUCUUAAGCAUUGAUCUCAGAGAAGCGCAAUCGGUCAAUUGUAAAUGCAAUGGCUUCUUACAAAUGUCACUGUGUACUAUGUACAUGCUGUAGAUAUUAAACUUGCUAUGUAUAUAAGAAAAAUAAAUUCAUUUUAUUUGAA